UAGUUGUAGAUCGAAGUGGAUUUGUGUCUCUAUUUUUUACUUUUUUUUGACAUAAUGCCGUUUAUAGAAGUCAUUAAUAGAUUUCAAUUUGAAUUUUAUCAGAUAAACGGAACAAAAUAUUACAAAAACGUUAAUCCGUGUUCUUUCGAAGUUAAGGAGCAACUCGAAAAAUGCGCUGGUGAGAUGUUUCUUAGUGGAAUUCCCGAGCAUAUUACCGCUGAUCAAAUAGCAAAUGUUGCAUGUCUUUUGGGUGAGAUGUACAUUUUGCGUUUCAAAGUUAACUUUGCUGGCUUAUCACGUGGAUUUGCAUAUUUGCAAUACAUGAAUCCGUCUCUAAUGGACUAUGCUUUGCAAAGCCUUCCAUAUCUUUUUAUGGAAUACAAAUUGGGAAACAUUCAUGUGCAGCCUUCAAAAAACAAUUCAAAUUUAGUGUUGAGGUAUACCACCGGUAUGACUACGGAGGAGGUGCACAAUACUUUGGCAGAAAUGUGCAACUUUCAAGAAUGUAAUGUGAGAUAUUUUCGUGGUAACAGAAUGGAAUUCCAAUUGGUUUUCGGAUCGAAUGAGGAUGCAGUUAGAGCAAGGAGAAAUUUGCUGGGACAGGUUCAUAUGUUUGGAGAACUGGCAACAAUUGGCUGGGACAUAUAUAAAAACUAAAAUGAAGCGAAGUUUUGAAGAAUAUAAAAAUAUGCAAUACAGUUACUUAUUUAU